AUGCCUUCGAUUGGAGGAUCUAGUGGAGCAGGAGCAGGCGUCAAAGCAUUCGGCGGCAGAGUCGCUAUUGGCAGCAAAGGUCCCAAGUUCAGGCCAGGGACAAGAGAGGGCUCAAACGGUGCACGCUCUCCUAUCAGCUUCGCUGCUGGUCCUCGCUCCAGCAGUAGAGGAGGCAACAGUUUCGAAUUCGGCGGAGGUGUCGUACCUGAUGACUCGCAUUCGGAAGCGGGCCGAUCGGAUUCAUCCGCUUCUCAUUCCUCCGUUUCUCCCCUCUCUCCACCCUACACCGCAAGCACAGUCGGCAAACCUAGCACAGUUGGCAAACCUAGCACAGCCUCCGGCCGGCAGACCGAGAGGAAGGCUGACCCUUGCUCGGGACACGCAAAUGGUGCGCAGCAGCAGACAAAGGCCGAUGGAAAGGAUCCACAUGCUCGACUGGCAUCGAUCGACACGGUGGCAAGCUUCGAGGACUUUCGUUCCUUCAUCGUCUUCUCCUCCCCUUCCAAUCUGCUCGACGAGAGUCCAGCGCUGACCACUUCCACCAACCUUUCUAGUCCAGACAUUGUAGCAAAACACAAGCCCCUUCCCGCCCUCCUGUCCAACAAGCCUCAGCCGCCUAUUCCAACGCCAGUCGAAUCAGAAUCAGAAUCACAAACCACCCCCCCUUCUUCUUCCUCCUCCUCCAACAUCAACGGCAGCAGCAAUGCUCCACAAUCUUGUCCUCCUCCUGUAAAGCGAGUUGUACUCAAAGGCAGCUCCACCAUUGCCGACGAGCCUCUUCAUCUCAAAGCACAGUCAAACGUUGCCGUACAGCGUCCUUCCACCGCCUCCAGCUUACCCGAGACAGUUUCUCAACCUCGCUCCUUCCAGCUUGCUAGUCAAGAGCUCCGAUCGCCAAGUCGCACGACCUCCAAUCUCGCUGAUCCCAUGCCCACGCUUGAAGAGAGCAUUCACCACCCUCCAGCAGGCACAGCCAAGUUUGGCCUUGGUAUCAUCUCGCCGGACGACUCGCAGCCAACUAUCAACACCGCCACAUUCCGCAACAGCCUCAAUGCACGCAACAGCCGCAAUGCACGCAACAGCCUCAAUGCACGCAGAAGCACAAACACCCGCAGCGACUUGUCCAGCCGCAGUUCAGCAGAUAGUUGCGCCCGCUCCUCCUUCGGUCGAAAUGCUCUGCGUAUGCUCAUCGACUCGGAGAACAGCGUCCAAGCAUCGCACAAAACCCAAAAGACCCAUGUCAGUGACAGCGCUCAUAGCACCAACUCAACAGAGACUAGCACCGAUGUUCACGAUUCGGACCAGCUAUCUAACAUCAAGGAACGCACCGAGUCGCCCGAGUCGGUGCUAAAGCGUCAAGUUUCGAUCGAGUCAGGCUUGAGUCAGUCUGAUGUUCCCACCCAACCAACUUCUGCUUCUUUUGCCAGAUCGGAUGCUUCUACCACAGGCUCUCCGCAAUCGCGUCUUUCCAGCACACUGGCAGCGCCAAACAGUUCCGGCCCUGCUGGUGCGCUUCGCCAAAGCGAGAAAGGGUCGACAUCCCUCUUGUCGGCACAGUCUCAGGCUGGUGUCAAUGGUAUUGGCUCUCCUACUUUCGGCUUCCGACAGCGAAAUUCUUCUUCUUCUUUGCAUCCUUCCACUGGGAACGAGUUGCUGCCACCUCUUGAUCUUGAUGCUACAUCAUACAGCACAGAGGCUAGGAGAGGAUCGAGUGGUUCUUCGACAUACUCGCCAAAGGCUCCGAUCGAUCUUGCCGGCCUGCGACCUGGUUCGAUUGGUGUUCUUCCUACAACUCCCGGAUCGCGACUGGCGGCAGAGCCGUACACAGUUCCCCUGCCAUCGCUACCCUUUACUGCAUCUACAUCAGUUCCCCUGCCAUCGCUACCCUUUACUGCAUCUACAUCAGUUCCCCUUCUGCAGGCGAGCUUGUCGCGGUCAACAACGCAGUCAUCAGAGCCCAACACAUCCAAUUUGGCUUACGAAGCAGCAUUGGCGAAAGCAGUGGGCAAGCAACGCAAAAACAGACCAGCAGCAUUGGCGCUCAACCUUUCAGCAUUGUCCGCUUUCCCGUCCAACGGAUCGCUCAUGUCGCCCAACAAUCUCACCUUCAAGGGACUCACGAGCCCUGGCAAACCGCGUCCACCUCCGUCCGCUCCGCCUACCCAACCGUUGCCACCCAUCCCGAACACUCCAUCGCUGGCACCCAAGAGCCCGAAUCCAUUGCAGCCCAGUGGAUCUGGCAACACUACCCCAUCUCGAUCGAAUGUCGCCGUCAGUGACGAAGCGGACCCGCUCAAGACGCCAAAGGGAUCUCGAUCUCCGUCUUCAGCCAAUAAAGUGAGGGAUAGUAAGAGCUCGCAGUCGAGUCCAAAGCACCAUUCAGGAUCAGCAUCACUAUCAAGCGGCGAGCUCCUCGGUGUAUCAGCGGCAAGGCGAGGCAGUGAUGUUGCGAAGCAGGCCGAAUCAGGAUUGCCAGCCAAGAUUCAAAGUGUUCAAGUGGCCGAGCCUACAGUGGCAAUCGGUGCAGCAACAAGCCAAGUUGCGUCAAGUGACUCAUCGGAAUCGAUUGCUUCGGUGGAUGAGAGGGCCGACAACAUUUUGACGACAAUCGCUGCGGCUCAGAAACUACAGCGUGCGGCCUUUCGACCGGUGCGCUACUCUAUCAGAAGGAAGGAGGCUGGUCCCAAGGAGGAUUCCAGCACGCCGGCCACCAAAGCAGCAUCCUCAAACCCGCCGACUGAUGAGGUCACUUCUCUCAUUACUUCGACGCAGCCCACUGACAGCAUCAGCAGGGGUGUGACACCAAUGGUCAAGGUGGAGCAACAAGGUCCCCUUCCUUCUCCUGUCGCUUCAGGUCAGAUUGUCAGCUUUGACGUUGAGCCAGAAAGGCGAGAGACACAGAAGCAACAAAAGCAGCUGCCUCAGCAAUCCCAGACUCAACCUCGUCACAUGACAGCAACCGAAAAGCUCUCUCGUCCACCUCCCAGUGCAUGGAACGCUCGCAAGACCACCUCAGUUGCAGCGCACGGCGGCAAUUUCGACUCUGCCUCGAUCACCGACUCCACCGUUGCCGCCAACGCCAAUGCCUCUCGCUCCGAAAUGGGCCACAGCGAACUACGCGACGGCGCCACCAGCGUCACCAGCUGUCACUCCACAUUCUCCAGCAUCAGCGAUCGUCGACGCGAGAUCCUCUCUGACAAAGAAACCCUUCUCGGUCAACUCAACGAAUCAACCCGCCAAGAAAUCCUCAAGCGCACAGAAGGUCGAUUCGCAGGAGCAUUCAACGAAGUCGCUGCAGCUUUCAGGCAACUCCAAGCCGACAAACUUGUUCUCGAGCAAAUCGUUCGCGAAAAGACACCCUUAACCGGAGUCGGAACAAACAACGAACAGCUCAGCAACUAUCUUUCUACCAUGAAUGCUAAGCUCGAACAUAGCAACGCCGAGAUCCGCAAGUUGCUUGCUUUGCUCGAACAGCAACGAGAAGUCAUUGAGCAACUCUUAGCGACUCAUCAACUAGAGAAAGAGACUUUGGAAGAAGAUGUGGAGCGAUUACACGAGGCGUUGACCGAGAUGGAGAACAAAGCAGAGCGAAAUCGCGAUACGAUCAUCCGAUUGAACACAGAGUUAACCAGAGCGCAUGCUGCAACAGUGCAGGCGAAUGCAGAAGCAAUGCGAGCUAGAACAACUUUAACCGAAGAAGGUCGAAAGCGAGAAAAGGUGGUAGCUUUGUUACGACUGGCAAAGGAAAGAUUGAGACAAGUUGAAGCAGAAGAUCUCUCCUCCUCCUCCUCUUCCUCCUCCUCCUCCUCCUCCUCCUCUUCCUCUUCCUCCUCCCCCACCUCCUCCCCCCCCCCUCAAUCCUCUUCCUUCCGAGCACCUGGCGAGGGAGAGAAAAGCGAAAAAGACAUCAAACUAUCAACCCUACGCAAAAUACUCGAAGAACGAGAUGCUGAAAUUGCCUCGCUCCGUCUUAGCCAUGCCGAUGCGGUAAUGCACGAAUCAUCCACCACCACCUCCUCCCCCUCCCAGUCUCAAUCCCAAUUCCCUGAAAUCACCUCUUCUUCUUCUUCUUCUUCUUCUUCUUCUUCUACCACCACCACGUCGGACACGGACGAGAUAGUUCGCCUUCGAAACCAGAUCUCGGAGCAAAAAGAAAGAGAAAAACAAAUUCGUACAGCCUACAGGUACGUUCGUGACGAACUUCGAAAAGCUAACACCGAUCGUCGUCGUUCUUCCACGCUCGCACCCGCUACCGCUCCUUCCACCACCACUGCAAGGGUUAGUGUCUUCAAUGGAGAAUUACAAGAAGUUUUAUCCAAUGCAGCUAUGGGGGGAGCGGGAAAAAACGUGGAGACUCCGGUAAAGUUGAAAAGGUUAAGCUUGCCUAUUGUUGCCAGAGCUAAUGGGAUCCAUAGUGCGGGCGGUUCGAUUGGGAUAGAGAAUGAGGGAGGUGGAGGUAGUGGAGGGUAUACAGCUCCUUGGUCGUUUAAGGGGAAUGAAGGCGGGAGUAGACAUGGUAGAAGACAUUCCAGACAGGUCGUAAGUCGUAGCUCACCGAGUCGUAGCUCACCAACUACUCAGCAGUAG